AACACGGUGCUGUCAGAUGUCAAUAUUUAUGAUGAUGAAAAUGUUACACCGCUUUGUAUAGCAUCACAAAAUGGACACACUGAGAUAGUUAAAUAUUUAGUAGAACACGGUGCUGAUGUCAAUAUUUAUGAUGAUGAAAAUGUUACACCGCUUUGGAUAGCAUCACAUAAUGGACACACUGAGAUAGUUAAAUAUUUAGUAGAACACGGUGCUGAUGUCAAUAUUUAUGAUGAUGAAAAUGUUACACCACUGUGGAGUGCAUCACAUAAUGGACACACUGAGAUAGUUAAAUAUUUAUUAGAACACGGUUCUGAUGUCAACAUUUAUAAUGAUGAAAAUGUUACACCGCUGUAUAUAGCAUCACAAAAUGGACACACUGAGAUAGUUAAAUAUUUAGUAGAACACGGUGCUGAUGUCAAUAUUUAUAAUGAUGAAAAUGUUACACCGCUGUAUAUAGCAUCACAAAAUGGACACACUGAGAUAGUUAAAUAUUUAGUAGAACACGGUGCUGAUGUCAAUAUUUAUGAUGAUGAAAAUGUUACACCUUUGUUGAUAGCAUCAGAGAAUGGACACACUGAUAUUGUACAAUAUUUAGUAGAACUAGUUAGUGCUAAUGUCAAUAUUUAUUAA